AUGUCCCUCCAACGCUCCGGAGUGGGCAUAACUCUUAUAUAUUUACCUGUAGGUUUUAUCAAAUUCCGCAUUGUGGUCUCACUACCUCAUUCCCCAACCUUUAUUUGGUUGAGCGUCAAUUUGACAUUGGUAUAUGACGGUUCCGGUAUCGACAGGAUUGGAAAUAUGUCCUCUGACCCACCUUCUGAGGUCAAUGAGAAUUAUCCCGACUUUGAUUAUAACCGAUUACAACCCCCGCCCGAGGAGUGGGAGCUCUAUGACAUUCCUGACAAGACUCAUUUGAGAAACAGGGCCCUCGACCUGAAAACGUUUAAGAAACUAGUCAAGCACCACUCAUGGGGAAUUCACGUAAUCAUCGGCGAGCGUCGGACAAAAGAGAGACUGCUACAAGUGCUCAAAAGAAUUAUUUUUAAUCAAACACCGCAGCUUCGACCUACGUGGCAUGAGUUUAUAUCUCGAAAUUGCGAUGCGGGCCCCAGACUUUUACGCAGAAGCUACAACGCCCUGCAAAUCAGUCGAAAUUAUCCUACUGGUGUUCCCGGACAGUCAAUUUAUCUUCGGCCGCUAAACGCACAGAAGGCACAGUUGGCGCUUCAACCUAGCAAUCAGUCUAUCGCUUUCACUCAUGCAUCUAAUCAGCCUGGGCAGAUAGAAACAGGCAAUUAUCCUGCCGGUCCCAAUGACAGUUCAAACACAAUCCCUUCAGAGCCGCCGGGAUUUAUGACGGGUUCUAACAUCCACCAAAAUAUGGCAUUUGAUCUGGGUAACCCUAUGCCGCUCCUACCGAUAAACUAUGACUUACAGAUGCCACAAAAUCCUUCUUUUCUGCAUCCCCUUCCGCCUGCGCCAGCUAUAGGCCAAUCCAACCAAUAUUAUAAUCCAUCACGAUUCGUGAGGCCCAAUCAAACAUCAAGGGAGCAAUUACCUACCUUACCAGUAACUGAUACUGCUGACGUUGUUGAAGCUAUUGAGCGGGCCGUUAUGAGCUUUCCCUACCAAGAGUUACAAAGACACCAAAAUGCUCGCCAGAUUGCUCGACCUAUCCGAAAUUAUAUUGCUACUUCAAGUCUUCACCUUACAUUAAGUACACCUAGGCUAUACUCAACCAUUUCCCAUAUUCGAGCCAUUAUCGAGGGAAAUAUUCCGGCAUUCAGGUUCGCGCCAAAUGGUAGUCGCUACCCUUUUCGUGGCCGGGGUCCUGUAUCAGGUCGAGAUACAACCCCUAUUGAUUGCGCAAUUGUUGUGGGUGUACUGUUAGAUGCCGGAUCUACCAUUGCAGAUUACACAAAUGGAACGAGUGUGAAGCCUAGCCCCUCACUUCUGGAAAACGCUUUUUUGGAUGCUCUGCAUGUUAAUUGGGAGGUACUUUCGGAAACAGCUAGUGUAGGCCGCCGCGAUGAAUUUCGAGAUACCCUUGUCGACUGGCUAACCGGCAGAGGCUUGGCUGUGAGCCCUACAAAUGUGUGGAGUCUAUGUACUGAGUCCUUUAGGCAGUUCUUUAUCACCUAUACGGAGCAACUUCACCCAUGCGCCUGCCAGGAGGCACAACCCAGCACAUUACCCUUCACAACAAAAUUUGUUACGCCCGAAUUCCAGGAUGGUGAUGCAGCAGGAGUGGAUGCGGCUACGUUACUUGAACGGUUCUUCCAUAGUUCUCAGCAGUUCAAUUGUUCUCUCUGUGGAAGCUUAAAGUCAAACCAUAUCGAGAGAAAAUUUGGCGAUCUCCCCUGGAGAUUGGUCGUCCGCGUUGAUCAGCGAACUUUGCUUCAAUCCCACGCGGCACGAAGUAUCAGUUUUGACUAUGUCGACAGCGACUCAAUACCGCAGAAGGCAACGUAUCGUUGGCUAGGCGGAAUCUACUGCGUCCUCAUUGGCCAGAGUUACCAUUUUCGCGUGUACUGGAAUGACAACGAACGGGGAGAAAUUGAUAAUGGCGCAAUUCGAGUUUAUGACGGAACGCAGGUAUCUGGCUCGAUUAUCGGUGGAUUGCGUGCAACAAAAACACUACAGCGCAUACCACCUAGCUGGUGGGCAGGGGGGGCACCACCUCUAUUGUUUUACGAAAAGAUUGUUAACCCAACCAGGAAUGCACUUCACUCUGCAAGAUCCGCGAUUGACAAUAUAUUAAACAUUAUGGACAAAGGUGAACUUGUUUUUCAGCAACAUCAAGGGUGGCAUCCACACGGUUCUACACGAAGAUCACAACAAUGCAGACAUGGCACCUUAGAAGCAGACCCCAGGGCUUCAGGUCCAACACUGGAGUCCUUCACUCGAUCCCAGCCGCCGCAUCAAAUGAAAAUUCCGGGUCAGACCGAUAGAGAGAGUGAUCAGCUUCAGUUACCACCUCACCCACAGAGCUUAGUCCGGUCAGGUCUACGGCAAAUACCACGGAAUCGACGGGUCGUAUACCAUCAACAGACUGGGAUACCGUUCGCCCAGCCAACAGAACACAGAGCUGGAAACUCUCGUCAGACAAUCAGCACCCAAUAUCUUGACACCACAGCAGGUGAUGGCGGCACCACACAGGAAGAUGGAAUUCCGCCUGGCCCACAGCAGCAGGCUGCUUCGUCUGGGGCCCAGGCUACAAAACCUUCGUUUGAUUCCACUACCCAACCUGUAGAUAAUAAUGCUACCACGGACUUUGAAAAUCUGUUUGAUUUACCCGAUAUAGGAUCUGCAGGUUUUUCAUUUUCGUCCUUCAACGACAUUGAAGAACGCACGGCCGCUCUCUUUCGUGAUCCGUGUGAUUUCUCUACUUCAGAGGCAAUUUCUACAAGUACAAUACCUCAAGGAAUUACGCAAACCACUCUUGGAGAAAGGUCUGUAGUAGUCUCUGGGGAUACAGAUACAGGUCCCUUUCAGAAAACACAGGCUGUGCCGGAGGGAAAUGACGAUGGUGCGGAUAUGGCAAACGAAUUUCUCGUGAAUCCAUACGCUGUGCCCCAAGGGCAGUCGAAUGUGAGUCCUAUUACCUUCUCUCAGACUCAAUUCAUAGAAGAUACUGCCGAUCUGGACACCUCAAAUAUGCCAGCGAUGGACGACAGUAUAGAGUGGGCUUUUGAUUUUGAGGCUGCAAGCGCUGAGCUAAUGGGCAACCCCAACACAACGCCUCCGACCACUACAAGAACAGCUCUACUGACGGAGACAGAUCCUUUUGGGACAAUGUUUCAAGAAUUCUUGACUAGCCAACAAAUGCAAGAAAUGGGGUAUGGUAUGCCAUAUUCCAGCGAGCCAGCGCAGGGGCCUAGCGUUGACUUCGGAGACGGUGGUGGCGAAAAUAUAGGCACUGAAAAGCGAAAAAGAGGUGCAGAUUUAGGCAGUGAAUCGAGUGAUCUAGGUGGCCCGAAGCUCGCCAAACGAUGA